GACUACAGCAGAGACAGCCACAAAACUGCAGGCUUCACCACCACCAACAGCUGCAUCUCCAUCACCACGAAUAUUACCGAUAAGUGUACAUCUGCUACCACGAAUCCUGCUCCGAUCACAUCUACUGCAGUCAGCUCAACCACCGCUACCAGCCAUUCUACAGGUUUUAACGCCUACAGUCCCGGAGAGGUUGUGGGUCCCCAGACAGAGGAGGUUUGGUCGGUCAGUCAGGGGGGGUUUCUCCCACUCUCGUUCCCUCUCCCUGCACCCAGCUCAGCAUGCCCCAGCCCCUGAGCACCUCCACAGCUCUGCCAGCUCCACUACCAUGUGUAGAUGGACAGUGACACAAGGUGCACCGGUCGCCUGGUUCUCCUCCUGCCCCUGCCGCAGACCUCCUUCACUUCUCCUCUCCCUCACCUUCCUCCUCCUGCUCGGAGCGUCCUCAUCCUCGCCGCUCUCCGCUUUGUCGUCGGACUCUGACAAGAACCACAAUGCACAAGGAGGGACCCCUCCUCACUUCUUCAUCUCACGCCCACCACCUCCUUCCUCACCCGCACCGCUGCAUGCAUCCUCUGCGAGGUUGCCACGGGCGACCAAUGUGUCAUCGUCCUCCGCGACGGUCGUCGGGCGUCACGUGCGGAGCAGCUACAACCACCUACAAGGAGACGUGCGCCAGAGGAAACUGUUCUCCUACCAGAAAUUCUUCCUUCGCAUUGACAAGAAAGGAAAAGUUAAUGGCACCAAAAGUGAGGACGAUCCAUACAGUAUUUUGGAGAUCAAGUCAGUGGAUGUGGGAGUUGUGGCCAUCAGGGGCCUCAGCAGUAACUACUACCUGGCAAUCAGCAAGAGGGGAGACCUAUACGGAGCGAGGGACUUUGGUCCGGACUGUCGUCUAAUUGAACGCAUCGAGGAGAACAAGUACAACACCUACGCUUCAGCGGAGUGGCGCAACAAGAAGAAGCACAUGUUUGUGGGACUCAAUGCCAAUGGCAAGCCAAUGAAGGGGAAGAAAACACGGAGGAAAAACACAGCCACUCACUUCCUGCCCAUUGUGGUACAACCGCGAUGAUUGGACAUAUCAGCCAUGGGAGAUCUCUGCAGACAGCAGGGCAUCAGACAUUAUUGAAGUGACAGUGAUGGCUACAUUGGACAGAUCUGAAUCAGAUCUGAAUGAUGCACUGAGGAGGAAAAGAAUGGAAACCUAUAGACAUUUUAUCUCUGUUGGAUAAAGACAUUUCUAUUUUUAAAGAAAGAAAUAAGAUAUAUUGGUAUACAAUGUAUAUAUUAUUUUCUGUUUUAAAUUAUAAAGUACAUUGGCACAGUAGAAAAUAUGAAAAGAAAUGACUUCUGUGCCAAAAUGUGAUUAGUAACUCACAUUUCUAGAUUUGUGUCCAAGUGAAACGCUUGACUGGGAAGUAAAUGUAAUAAAUAAAUGGCAAAAUGUGUAAGAGGAAAAUGAAGAGGAAGGAGGAGGAAGUAUUGACAGAAAGCCGACUGACAGGAAAGGAGAAGAAAAGACGAGAAGAGCGGGAAAUGAAAAUGAUGAGGGAGAGUCAAGAAAGUACCAACACAACAGCAAGUCUAACACUAUCAUGUUUUUUUCUUUAAAUUUAUUUAUUUUGUGUAAUAUUUAACAAAAAAGAACAAAAACACA